GCAGCCCAGAGCAUUUGCAGCUGGUCAUUCCAGCUUCGGGAGACUUUGGUGUUAACCACCGCGUUCCUGCCGAGGGUUGUCAGGAGAUGUCGCUUGGCAGCCUUCUACGAGGAGUUUAACCCGUCCCGCCGCCGCCCGGAUGGGACCGCCGGAGUUCUCCAGCACCUAACAGUGCCUGAAUAGUGAAUGCUGGGACAUAGUAUGGGACAUACUGAAGUCUCCAGGGAAUAUUGAAUCGCUGAGGAAUUUGGGAAAAGACAAGCCGAAGUUCCCAUUCCAUGGAUCCUUUGGGAGCACCUUCCCAGUUUGUGGAUGUGGAUACACUACUAAGUUGGGGCGACUCAUAUGAAGAUGAAUUAAAUUCUUCUGAUAUUACAGCUGAAACAUUUCAGGAAGAUAGUAUUAGGUCACCUUUUCUUUAUAAUAAGAAUAUCAAUGGAAAAGUGGUUCUUUGGAAAGGAGAUGUAGCAUUACUGAACUGUACAGCCAUUGUGAAUACCAGCAAUGAAAGUCUCACAGAUAAGAAUCCUGUGUCAGAAAGUAUCUUCAUGCUUGCAGGGCCUGAUUUGAAAGAGGACCUACAGAAACUUAAAGGUUGCCGAACAGGCGAAGCAAAAUUGACAAAAGGAUUUAAUCUAGCUGCCCGGUUCAUCAUUCACACAGUGGGACCUAAGUACAAGAGCCGCUAUCGCACAGCAGCUGAAAGUUCCUUGUACAGCUGCUACAGAAAUGUACUUCAGCUGGCAAAAGAGCAGUCAAUGUCUUCUGUUGGAUUCUGUGUCAUCAAUUCUGCAAAACGAGGUUAUCCUUUAGAGGAUGCAACACACAUAGCACUUCGCACUGUAAGGCGGUUUCUGGAGAUUCAUGGAGAAACCAUUGAAAAAGUAGUAUUCGCUGUCUCUGAACUGGAAGAGGCUACUUACCAAAAGCUGCUACCUCUGUACUUCCCAAGGUCACUAAAGGAAGAGAGUCGAUCAUUGCCAUACCUUCCUGCAGAUAUUGGAAAUGCAGAAGGGGAGCCUGUGGUACCUGAACGGCAAAUUAGAAUAAGUGAAAAACCUGGUGCUCCAGAAGACAACCAAGAAGAGGAGGAUGAAGGCUUGGGAGUCGAUCUGUCUUUCAUUGGCUCUCAUGCUUUCGCUCGAAUGGAAGGAGAUAUUGAUAAGCAAAGAAAACUGAUCCUUCAGGGACAAUUAUCUGAAGCAGCCCUGCAGAAGCAGCAUCAAAGAAAUUAUAAUCGCUGGUUAUGUCAAGCAAGAUCUGAAGAUCUGUCUGAUAUUGCUUCUUUGAAAGCCUUAUACCAAACAGGUGUGGAUAAUUGUGGUCGAACAGUGAUGGUGGUAGUCGGAAGAAACAUUCCUGUAACAUUGAUUGAUAUGGACAAGGCUCUCUUAUAUUUUAUCCAUGUAAUGGAUCACAUUGCUGUGAAAGAAUACGUGCUAGUAUAUUUUCACACACUGACCAGCGAAUACAAUCACCUGGACUCUGACUUCCUGAAGAAACUCUACGAUGUUGUUGAUGUCAAAUACAAGAGGAAUUUGAAGGCUGUUUAUUUUGUUCAUCCAACAUUUCGUUCAAAGGUAUCAACAUGGUUUUUCACCACCUUUUCUGUCUCAGGACUGAAGGAUAAAAUCCACCAUGUGGACAGCCUACACCAGCUAUUUUCUGCCAUAUCACCGGAACAAAUUGACUUUCCUCCCUUUGUCCUUGAAUAUGAUGCCAGGGAAAAUGGGCCUUACUACACAUCUUACCCCCCAUCACCAGAUUUGUGACCUGCCAUCUUCUAGUGCUUCUUGAUUCCAAGGAUGCCACUUCUUCCACAAAUCACUACCUAUUAAAGUGAUGUUCAUUUUUGCUGUACAGAUCCAGAGAGCCUUUUGUCCCCACCUCUCUGGUAUUUUUUUAUUGACUAUAUUUUCUGGCACAUAAGCAAUCUAAAAAUGGUAGGCCAUUCUGAACUGCACACAUUUUAAAUUUGUAUAUUUGUAUCAAAUGGAAGUGUUCAUUUUUAGAGUGUUGAUAAUAGGAAUUGGGGAGCAACCUUUGAGUAUCUUCAGUUUCCUGAAGGACACUGGAUUCUCCAUUGCAUAAGCCACCAACAAUGUUCAUGUCUUCUCUCAAACAUUGCACGCUUCCUUUGUGUAUUUAAAUAUUUCUUGAAAUAUAUAUAACCAAUGUAUGCUGA